GCGUAAUAAGUGCCGUGAUUUCCGGUCCCCACCGGAAGGGCCUGUGUUUGGCAACCAAGAUGGCGGCUGGGAUGUACCUGGAGCACUACCUGGACAGCAUUGAGAACCUACCAUUUGAAUUGCAGAGAAACUUCCAGCUCAUGCGAGAUCUGGACCAGCGAACAGAAGACCUCAAGUCAGAGAUUGAUAAACUGGCCACGGAGUAUAUCAGCAAUGCGCGGACUCUGUCCUCAGAGGAAAAAUUGGGGCUUCUCAAGCAAAUCCAGGAAGCCUAUGGAAAAUGCAAAGAGUUUGGGGAUGACAAGGUUCAGCUUGCCAUGCAGACCUACGAAAUGGUGGACAAGCACAUCCGGCGGCUGGACACUGACCUUGCCCGUUUUGAGGCUGACCUGAAGGAAAAACAGAUUGAGUCAAGUGAUUAUGACAGCUCCUCCAGCAAGGGCAAGAAGAAGGGCCGGGCCCAGAAAGAGAAAAAAGCUGCUCGUGCUCGCUCCAAGGGAAAGAACUCUGAUGAGGAGGCACCAAAGACGGCUCAGAAAAAGUUGAAACUUGUCCGCACAAGCACAGAGUAUGGGAUGCCCUCAGUGACCUUUGGAAAUGUGCACCCCUCAGAUGUGCUGGAUAUGCCUGUGGACCCCAAUGAACCUACCUACUGCCUCUGUCACCAAGUCUCCUACGGAGAAAUGAUUGGCUGUGACAAUCCAGAUUGCUCCAUUGAAUGGUUCCAUUUUGCUUGUGUGGGCCUGACGACAAAGCCAAGAGGAAAAUGGUUCUGCCCUCGUUGUUCCCAGGAGAGGAAAAAAAAGUAAAAUCCUCUGAGCCCUUGAUGCUGCAAGAGCUCCCUUCUUCCCUGCCAUGGUCUUACUGCUGCUUCCCCAGCCCCUGGGACCUUGACUGGGGGGAGGAGUCUUGUCCUCCUUGUGCUUAGGGCCACCUCUGAAUGGUUUGGGCCCUCAUAACAGUUCCUGUGUGUUCUGUAUCCCCUGCUGCCUCCAAAUUCCUAUGGGAGGUCCUCUGUUUGUGCUAUUCAAAAACAGAUUUCUGAAACAGAAGGAAUGAGAGUAGCUGGGUAGCUCCUAGAUUUUCAGGGGCUGGGAUGUUUACUUGAUUUCCCCAUCUUUCCUUCAGCCCUCUCAGAACUCAUUGCGUACAUCUCUCCUUCAGGAAAUCAGAUGUAGAGAUGCGGAAAGGGAAGAAAGCAAGUCUUCCCUAACUCUACAGGUCUGUGACUUCUUUCCUAGUUGUCUCCUUCAGGAGUGACAGGGAGCCAGGCCAUCUUUUAAUCUGGUGGUUUGGUUGAGAAGUUAGAUCUUUUUACAUCUGCCGUACCCUGCCCUGCCCUAUUCAGUAGUUCCUUCUAGCAUCAAAUGGUCUCUGCUGUAGGGAGAAGGGGAGUAUUUAGAGCCAGCCUGAGUUUCUUAUUCAUCUCCAGGGCUAAUCCCCUAGGAAUGGGAAAUGCAUUGCAGGAAGGAGGAAGCAUCUGUGAGCUCAUGGGGAAGGAUGGCUCCAUCCAACCUGUACUUAUGUGACAGUCACCCUUCCUUCCUUUUUGCAGUUGGGUUUUUCUCUCCUGUUGGUGAUGGGAAGCAUGGAGAUCCAAACCAACUCAUGAAAUGUAGAAUUAAAUAAAACCCACUGAAACAACCGUUA